GUGAUGAACCGAUGCGUCCUCGCCCUCGUUUAUCCGCUCGUCCUUCUCCUUUUCCUCUUCUUCAGACGGCACCAUGCAUCUUCACGCGGUGCAUCUUUCAUCAAGACGGCACCAUGCAUUGCGAGAGAGAGGGCACCCCGACUGGAGGAGGCUCCUCGUGCAGCACUGCAAGCCCCAGAUACAGAUGUGAGCUCUGUUUCAUCGGCUCUGAAGGCACUCUAUCAGCCGAAGGCCAAGAAACAGACGGUGGACUUCACUACUCUUCUGCUAUCUUGUCGGGAACUCAAUGCUUCGCUGGUGCCGUCGAGUGUGUCCAGCGCCUUUCAGCUCGACGACUCGAACCUGUUGCUUGGGCUCACAACUUUGAGCGGCACACGAUGGCUGCAUCUGUGUUGGGACGCUAAGGCUGCCCGCUUGGCCCUUGGGGAGAAUCCGCCAAAGAAGGAGAUAUUGCCCUUUUCGUUCUCUCAUAACAUCCGGCUGGCUCUGAAGGGGCUCACACUGACUGCCAUAUCGCUGCCCCAGCCGUUCAAUCGCAUCGUCGAGAUGACCUUUGCGCCCAGGCUAGGGCGAGAUCCGUUCUUCAAGCUCUUUGUGGAGGUACAGGGCCCGCGCAGCAACGUGAUCCUGGUGUCGGCCGACACGAACAGCAUCGCUGCGUGCGCCUAUCAAGUGGGGGCGUCACGAUCGGUCCGGCCACUGCAGACGGGGCAGCUUUAUCAGCUCCCGCCGGCACAGAGUGGGCGGCUGCCUUCGCUCGAGGAGACCUGGGAUGUCUUUCAUCGCAGGCUGUCGGUGGUCCCAGAGAUGUCUUUGCAGAAGGCGUUCAUCGAUAGCUACAGGGGACUGAGCCCUGCCCUCAUUAUUGAGAUGGCUCUGGUGGCUGGUUUGGAUGCGCAAACGCCUAUCAAGGACAUCCCCGAGGCAUCGCUCCGCUCGCUAUAUGAGGGGCCGUGGAAGCGAUGGCUUCAGCUUGUGUUGAGUGACACCGAGAACCCUGCAAGUGUACAACCAGCUCUGCGAAUAGGUGGAGAAGGACAGCGGCUCUCGUACGCGGUUCUUGGCUUACUUCCUGCCAUCGAUGCCGAUGCAGCUGAUACAUCUGAGCCGUCUUGGGUGAAGGCAAAGAGCAUGCAAGAGCUGCUGCGGAUCUACUAUGGCGAGCAUGGGUCCAAGCGGUGGGACGAUCUUAAGACGCGAUGUGACCGGGCUGUGAAGUCUCGGCUGCAGAAGUCUGAGCAGCGUGUGCAGCUGUUCGAGAAGCAGCUGGCGUCCGCAGAUGAGAGUGAGGUGGAGAGGCUGAGGAAACGAGGGGAUCUGCUGAUGGCUUACCAACAUGAGUGGGCUGCGGGUGACUCCGAGCUGAUAUGUGAGGACUUCGAGACCCACGAGAGCGUCAGCAUCCCGAUCCCUCCGGACAAGACGCCCCUCGAGCUGGCGCAGGCAGCCUACAAGAGAUCAGGUGUGUCUGCCUAUCAUCUCAACUACUGCAUCACUCAGUGUCUCUCAUCUUACUGUCAGGAAAGCUCCAACGGUCUAUCGCAGCCGUGAUGCCCCAGCUUGACAAGGCACGCGAUGACCUGCAGUACCUGCAGAGCAUCGAGACGGCCAUUGAGGAUCUCGCUCAAUACAGGCGGGACUCAGACAUCAAGCUGCUGCAGGAGAUUGCUGAAGAGCUGGGCAUUUACGGCAGUGAGACGAACGAGGCGCGGAAGAAGCCUGCCAAGGGGAAGCAGGCUAAAGGAGCGCGGAGAGGCAAGGGGAAGGCUGCAGCGGCAGGCAAGGUUCACAAGGCGUCGAUGAAGGGGCUGCUGGUGAUCGACUGUCCAAGAGAGGGAACUAACGAUACGCCAGCAGUAGUCAUCGCCGGUCGAAACAACAGACAGAACGAUCGACUCACGUUUGACAUCGCCCGCAAUUCCGAGAUGUGGCUGCACGCGCAAGGGCUGCCGGGAUCCCAUUGUAUCUUGCGAGGGCCCUCGAGCGAAGCUGAUGUGCAGUUUGCUGCGCACGUCGCGGCUUAUCUGUCCAAGGGCAAGAACAGCGUGCAGGUGCCGGUGGUGUACACGCUGAUACGUGACGUUAAGAGGGCUCCUGGUGGGCAGCUAGGACUUGUGACAGUGCGAAAUGAGAAGGUGGUAUGGGGCCGGCCAGAGGAGGGCAGGCAGGUGGUGGAACGGGCUAUGCGUGAGGGGGCAGAUCAUUGAUUGACUGACAUACGCUCACUUGGAUAAAAAC